CCCUCCGCGGCUGCGGAAAGGGACGCGAACCGUCCUGGUCCCAUCCGAGCCGCCGUAGCGCGAGUGCCGCGGGAGUUCGGCAGCCCAGGUCGCCAAGGCAACGGGCUGCGCUGCGGGUUGCGGGCUGCUGGCGCUAGGCUGCCCCGGGGAGGCGCUGCGGGCCGGCGGCCCAGGCACUGCGAGGCGGCGAGACCGCAGGAGACACGGGGAAGAGACAGAGAGCGGGGUAAAGUGAGAAUCCUGCCUGCACCACAGGUCUGGACUGCUAACCUUGAAUCCUGGUUUCGUAAAUUCUGCCUCCGCUUCUGACUGAGGACCGCUGGAUUUUGAGGAAACUUUUGCUCUUAAUUCCCAUACUGAUUAGUCAACAGUGGAAAAUCUGAAGAGAUGCAAGCAGGAAAAAGAAAUUAAACCAGUAAGAUAGAGACUGCCACUCUCUGGGAACCUUGCUGUGUAGCUGAGCCUCAGCAAGUUUGAUAAUACAGACACAGCAGGAGGCCUGGGGAGGACCCAGCAUGCCCGGCCACCAAGCAGUGAUGCAGCUGGACUGUCCUUCAGCUUUCCAGAGACCUCCUGGAAGCACAGACUUUCAUGGGUUGAAGAGAGUUUGUGUCACAAUUCCAGUCCCUAGCCCUGGCCCUACAUGAACUAGUAACACCACCCUGCCAGGAGGAUGUAGCUGCUGAGGAGGCCUGAGGAGCGAUGCGACAGGCAUGAUGGAGGUCGAGUCCUCCUACUCAGACUUCAUCUCCUGUGACCGGACAGGCCGUCGGAAUGCAGUCCCUGACAUCCAGGGAGACUCGGAGGCUGUGAGCGUGAGGAAGCUGGCUGGAGACAUGGGCGAGCUGGCACUCGAGGGGGCAGAAGGACAGGUGGAGGGAAGCGCCCCAGACAAGGAAGCUGGCAACCAGCCCCAGAGCAGCGAUGGGACCACCUCAUCUUGAGUCUGACCUUGUCCAAGAAGGCUGGACGAGAGACCUUCUGUCCCCUCCCAGAGGGGGAACCCUGGCACUGGCCCAGCAGCCUCUUCUCUGAGCCCCAUGUCCCAGAUAAACCAGGCCAGACUGAGAAGGCUCCCCAGAGGCCUCUGUGGCCUCCACUCCGGGAAAGCCCUCUGCCCACACCCACAGGCUCCACAUUCCCACCACCUUCUCACCGUGCCCAGGUACACUUUCAAGACACUGUAACCACAAGAUGUUAUUUAUUGAGCUGGCGCCGGCACUUGGGCGGGGCCCUGCCCUACAGUGAGCAGCCCACGCAGGAACGCUCCUCUUGCGAGCAGCCCGAGCAGGAUCCCUGUCCCAACACCAACACCUCCUCUCCAGCCCAAUCUUCCGGGUCAAGACCUGCGUGUCCCUUUUUUAGAAAACACUUUUAAACUUUUUAAAAAUUUUAAACGUUUUUUCAGCAGAGACGGAGAGAGCUGACAAUCAAUUCACAUUUUUUAAGCCAUUUUAGCUAAACUCUCAUUGUGCACUCUGAGGUUCCCUCAUGGAGCUCCACAGAUCCAUUUUUAGGGAAGGGAUUUUGGCUCAAAAUGAUCUGACCACCUCUACCCUUUCCACCAGGAUAAGUGACACCUAGGACCCAGGAAAUAAAUGCUGAUGAUUUGUGUGA